AUGGUGCUGCUGGCCGGGCCCGGGCCGGAGGGCGGCGGGGCGCGCUGCACGACCCCGCAGCCGUCGUCCCCACCCGGGGACGCGCAGGCCGAGGAGGACGCCGCUGACUACGAGGAGUACGAGGACUUCUCGCGUCUGCCCGACACCCGCAGCAUCGCUUCGGACGACUCCUUCUACCCUUUCGAAGACGAGGAGGAGUUCAGGGCCGGGACAGCGGGGAGCGUCUCGGAGGGCGGCCCGGAGACGGCGACACUCCUGCGCGCCGCCUGCGCCAACGACGUGGGGCUGCUGCGGGCGCUGGUGCGGCGGGGCCCGAGCGUCCGGGACGUGCAGGAGACCGACCGCAACGGCCGGACUGGCCUUAUUGUCGCCUGCUACCACGGCUUUGUGGAUGCUGUGGUGGCUUUAGCAGAGUGCCCCCACGUUGACGUCAACUGGCAGGACAGCGAGGGGAACACAGCCCUAAUCACAGCCGCACAGGCAGGGCACGCCACCAUCACCAACUACUUGCUGAACUAUUUCCCUGGUCUUGACCUUGAAAGGAGGAAUGCGUUCGGGUUCACGGCCCUGAUGAAAGCCGCCAUGCAGGGACGAACAGAGUGUAUCCGAGCCCUGAUGCUAGCAGGAGCAGAUAUGCAGGCGAGGGACCCGCGCCGCGGGAUGUCGCCCCCGGAGUGGGCCGCGUACACGGGCCGCGGGGAGGCCGUGCGGCUCAUGCAGAGGCUGCUCGAGCGCCCCUGCCCGGAGCAGUUCGGCGAGAAGUACAAGCCGGAGCUGCCGCUGGAGCCCGAGACUGCUCUGAAGCCCCCGGGCUCCAAAAGCUGCUUGCAGAGGCUCGCCGAGUGUGUGCGGUCCCUGCUGCCCUCCCGCCCGGGCCGGGGCCUGGAGGACGGGGGCGUCCUCGACCACAUGGUCAGGAUGACCACGAGCCUCUACAGCCCCGCCAUGGCCAUCGGCUGCCAGACCGUGUGCCCCGAGAACCCCCCCUGCGUGGGGAAAAGGCGCCUGGCGGUGCAGGAGAUCCUGGCGGCGCGGGGGAGCCAGGACACCCGUGCCCGGGAGAGGGACAAGGCGGAGGACGCGGAGCAGGACGUCCGGACCUCCCAGGCCUCGGGGGCCUCUCGGGAGGGGACCCCGAGAGCCAGCCUCCCGCCUGCCGCCCCGCUGGGGGCCCGGCGACCCGCGCCCUCGUCGCGGAAGGCCAGCCUCCUGCCCCUGCAGCUGCUGAGGCGCAGCAGCGUGCGCCCGGGCGUCGUCGUCCCCAAGGUACGCAUCAGCAAGGCGCCCGCGCCCACCUUCCAGCCGGAGCGCGCGUCCCGGAAGGGCAGCACCAAGGACAGCGGCCACCUGCAGAUCCCCAAGUGGCGGUACAAGGAGGUCAAGGAGGAAAAGAGGCGGGCGGAGGAGGCGGAGAGGAAGCGCCUGGAAGAGGCGCACAAGGCAAGGCGGGCGUCGCCCUGGCGGAAAAGGACGUGA